GACGGGCGAUCAGAGGGGUUGUAAAUUAUAUGCGUGGACGACCACCAGAACCCUUUUGCAAACAUAGUGAAAAGAGAGGAGUCUUCGCCGCCUCGACACAUCUUUUAAAUGGUCGGAUAGUCGCGCAACAGGAGCUGCAGCAGGGAUGAGGAUCCAGCUGCAGGGUCCCGGCCACGCUGCCAGCCUUCUCGCUCAGCUCAACGGUUGCCGCCAGUCACGCCAGUACUGUGAUGUCUUCUUGCAAGUUGGCAACCGCACGUUCGCGGCGCACCGGGCAGUGCUGGCCUGCGCCGGGACGUACUUCCGUAACCUCUUCGCCCGUGCUCCAUCCUCGUCCACAGCUGCCUUCUCUUUGGAGUUCAUCUCCCCGGCCAACUUUGAGAAGCUGCUGACGUUCGUCUACACGGGGGAGAUCUUGACUGAUCUCAUAGACGUCGGGGUGCUGUAUGAGCUGGCCGAGAGGCUGGGCGUUAGUGAACUGGUGAGGGCCUGUCACGCCACCUUCCCUGACCUGCAGGCUUCUGUGUCUGCAAACUGUAAACCAGGUAGUCCUGGAGACCUCACCCUGAACUCUAGCAUGGUUGCUGCUGUGUCCACAGGGGCUGCCGUCAGUGCAGCUUCUGCCUCGUCCGUGUGCUCCUCUGCCGCCUCCUGCUCGUCUCUGUCUUCGUCUGCUGCCCCGACCCCCGCUGCCGCUCCUUCGCCUCUCUUCCAAACCAGGGCGGCCGGGGCCGGCCAUGAAGCAAACACCGGGACUCCGUCUCUGGAUCUCAAGGAAGAAGACACACAGUCUCAUAUCGGCUACGGGCAGUCGGCGGCAGAUGGACAACAACCAGGGGGACUCGGCCUUUUAACCAGCAGCCAUUCCAGUCAUUGUGAUGGCGUGCUGCCUCCGCGGCCUGUUCUCCAGCUGAAGAUCGAGCCAGGGCUGGAGGAAGAGGAAGGCAUCUGUGAGGACAGAGACACGGAUGGACGAAUGGUUUCCCAACGCGCAGGACGUUGUCUGCCUCAAACCAGCGACACUGCACUGUCAGACUCCUGCUCCUUCCCCGACUCCUCGGCUCAGCUCGGAGCCGAGGCCUGCGCCCCGACGUCUUCCUCAGGAGAGCCUCUAGGCAGCCUGCAGGUGGUGUCAGUGGAGGGCGGCAUGGCGGACGUCCAGAGGGACGGCAGGCUGGUGUUUGGAAAGGUGGAGGAGGAGAGAGAUGCUCUGAAAGAAAACGGAGCCAUGGAGGGAACAGAGGAGGAGCAGUGGAGACAGCUGGCAGAUGAGAUCAUCGAGCUGAGCGACGAUGAGAACUUCAUGGAGGAGGGAGAUGAGGAGGAUGAUGAAGACGAGCUUGUGUAUGUGGAGAACGGAGAUGGAGGGAACUCAAGCAGCCAGGUGACGGGGAACAUGCUGCCGUGUAAAGCCUGCGGCGUGCUUCUCCCAGCAGACCCGGACGCCAUCGGAAGGCACGCCGAGACCCACCUGACGGAGCUGGGCCUCUGCAGAGUGUGUGGGGCCUCGUUCCCGGACCGCGUUGCCGGUGUCGCCCACUCUCUCUCCCACGUCGGGGUGCAGCUCUUCACCUGCGACAUGUGUCACUUGCAGUUCUGCAGCCAAAACAAACUGCUGCGCCACCACCGGCAGACGGCCUCCAGUUACACGAUACCACAGGUGGCGCUGACCAACAGCAGCCAGAGCCUCGACCCCGAGCUGCAGUGCGCCGUGUGCGCCAAGACCCUCAGCGCGGACUUCUCGACGGUCAAAGACCACCUGCUGAGCCACGUGUGUCCCCAGAGCCUGAGCUGCGGUGUGUGUCACCUCCCUCAGCUCUCGCUGUGCUCCCUGCUGUGGCACGCCCUCGCCCACCUCUCUUUGCCCGUCUUCACCUGCCCACACUGCGCCCGCUGCUUCGUAGAGCGCUCCAUGCUGGACCGACAUAUGACGACACACGCCGAGGAGGCGGCAGCGAAGGAGAGGGAGCAGUUAGCGCUGAGGGCUUACAGAGUCGGAGGAGGCGGUACGGCAGGAGUGGAGGAGUUGCAUUGCUUCCUGUGCCCGCAGACUUUCCGCUCCGCCUCUGCCUUUCAGUACCACCUCAGCCUACACACCACCGAGUCCCCGGGGAGUGUUGGAGGUGUCAGGGCCCAAGGCUGGUUGGGCAAACGUAAAGCCGAGCAGACUCUGGAGUGCCUGCCGUCUUCCUCCUCUCAACGGGAGGUCGGCAGCCUCGUUAAAAUGAGCAACAUGGGUUUGGGGCUGGGAAUGAGCUUCAGCGUGCCAGAUAAGUUUUUUCAAGGGGCAUUACAGAGCCUGCCCACUGGGGUCCUGACCAACGGGAACUCCGGGCAGGAUGGGGGAGUCGGGGCAGCAGGCGUCCGUGGGAAAUGGUACCGGUGUCGCUACUGCGGUAAAUGCUUUGCCCACUCGGGGGAGUUCACCUACCACCUUCGCAUCCACACCGGGGAGAAACCCUACCAGUGCAAAGUCUGCCUGCGCUUCUUCAGAGGGCGCUCCACCAUGAUCUGCCACCUGAAGACGCAUGCCGGAGCUCUCAUGUACCGCUGCACGGUCUGUGGCCUUUUCUUCUCCACGCUGAAAAUGGUGUCGUCACACAUGGAGCUCCACACGGACCACCUGCCCCCGGACUUCAAUAUCGAGCAGACCUUCAUGUACAAUGAUCACUCGAAAGAACCGCUGCCCAAUGUGGACGCCUGAUGUGUCGGGGGGGUGUUUCCCUCUCCUUAAACUUCCUCUGUCUGGUUGUCGUGGACCACAUACUGCAUAUAAUAGAAUAGGGCUGAACAUAAUGGUUAUUUUCAUCAUUGAUUCUUUUUUUUAUAUUAAUCGUUUCGUGUGUGAAAUGUCAAAUCAUGUUUUUUUCUUUAAAUGGUUGUUGCUCUAAGGUUGCAUCUUCAAAUGAAUUGUUUAGUCUCAACAGUCCAAAACCCAAAGACAUUCAGUUUAUAAGGAUACGAAAAAGUUCCAAAUCCUCACAUUUGAGAAGCUGGGAAAAGAGAAUCUUGGUGAUUACUUUUCUGUCGAUCGAUUAAUGGCGUCAGCACUAUAAUAAGCGUAGACUUGUAGAAUGUAGUGGACAUAUUAUCUGUCAGAUGCUGUUCACUGAGUCCGCCUCUGUGAACUAAGAUAAAAAGAAGCCACUUGGUGGCAGCGUAUCCUGUUCUGUGUCAGUGAAGGAAGGGAAGCUGCUGGUUUGUUGACCGUCAAGCAGAACUCUGCUUGUAUUAUUCUACCCCGAACAAUUCUGUAUCUUCACAACUUAAAUAUGAGGAUUGAUUUUCAUGUCAGUGGUUGAUGAUUAUUAAAGUAGCACUUCAUUGUAGCAUAGAAAUUAUUUUCCUAUAUUUGCAGUCACUAUUUUCACACUUUUUUAAUCUUAAAAGUUUUUUCACUCCAGAGAUACAUAAAAGAUUGCAUUUGCAUAAACAUAAAAUCCGGUUUAUUUGUUGUUGAGGUGUUUUUAUGAAUGCUUUCUGAUUCUGCCACAUCGUCACAUGCUGUAUUCAUCUGUUAAGAGCAUGUGAUCAGUAGAAAUUAUUUAAGUGCCCAUCACACGUUUGUGUCUUACCUCAUAUUUAUGGCAGCAGUAUAACUAUUUAUUAUUUGUAUGCCUCCUAUAUAUUAUGUUUCUAAAGCUGUAUGAAUGUUGGCUUUUUAAAAAAAAAAAAAAAAAUAUUGGUCAUGAAAAGAAUAAAAUAAAUGCCUCUCGGAAGACUGUUAUCAACCCAAAA